AUGUACACGGACGUGCAGCGGUGGCCGAGCGACCAGAGCGAGUACGACGAGGAGCGGGUCCAGGCGGCGCCGCGCAUCGUGCUCAUGGGCUCGCGGCGUUCCGGGAAGACGUCCAUGGAGCGCGUCGUCUUCGGGAAGAUGUCGCCGCACGAGACGCUCUUCGUGGCGUCGACGUCGACGCCGACGCUGCGGCUCGUCGCGAACAGCGAGCUCGUGCACUUCGCGAUCUUCGACAUCCCGGGCGGCUGCGAGCUCGGCGAGCUGAGCCACCACGGCGCGGCGCUGACGCCCAUGGCCGUGUUCAGCCGCUGCGUCGUGCUGGUCUACGUCGUCGACGCGGAGGCGGACCCCUACGCGGAGUGCGCGCGCCUCGCGGAGGUCGUCGCGCUCGCGCGGCGCGUGAACCCGCGCGUCGGCCUCGAGGUCUUC